UCCAACAACAACACUCGGCCAUCACCGACUGUCACUAUAUCAUCAUGCCUAUCAAAUUCAACUCUGUGUUCUUCAUCCACCUUCUCAUCACCAUCACCUCCAUCCUCGCUUUCGUCAUCGCAGUAAUCUCCUGGACGCGAACGAAUACCUUCUCUCUCCCCGUCCCCCUCAGCCUCCCCAUCUUGACCACCCUCCUCAUCCCAUUCACCCUCAUCGCCCUACCGCUAACCGUCUUCCUCGCCAAAUCCACCCGCCCGAAAGUCACCCUCCUCGCCCCGAUCCUCAACACCCUCCACACCGUCCUCUCCACCCUCCUCCUCACCAUCGCCCUCAUCUACCUCUCGCGCUCCUCGCCUAUUAACGCCUGCACCCUCGACCAAACCUGGCAAGCCUUCUUCCACGCCCGCAACGCGCCCGCCAUCCGCACCAUCCAGGACCGCCUGCAAUGCUGCGGCCUGCGAAGCAUCCACGACCGCGCUUGGCCGUUCAAGGACCGCACCCACGACGAUAAGGCCUGCGCUGUGCAGAUGGGGUAUACCCGGCCAUGUCUGGGGCCGUGGCGGGCGGAGGAAAUUGGGGUGCUUUGGAUGGUUGUCGUGGUGGUAGUUCUUAUGGGAGGCUUGAAGGUCGCGUUCUGGUUCUUCAGGGUGAGAGGGAUGGGGGCAAACUGGGAUGCGAAGCAUGAUGAUGCUGCGCAACAGCAGAGGAACGAGUAUGAGCCGAUACGGGAUCGGGAGAUAGAGGAGGGCGGCGUUGAGGAGGCGGAGGUUGGCGGUGGUGAUGCUGCGGGAACUACCGGGCGGCUGCUGCCCCAUUCCGAGUCGGGGUAUGUGUGGAGACAGAGCUGAUUGCGGGGAUCUACAGGUGGAAUGUGGGAUGUGGGAUGCGAUUUGUGACUGUUGUGGUGGUUGCUUUAUGCUAAAUUGGGUAUGCUAUGUAUGUACACGGUUUAUGCUAAUUGAGCUGCGUUGCUUCGCUUUGCAGGCAGUUGGUGGCGCGGAUGAGCACAUCUGACGCGAUUGCGCUUCCUGCUUUGGUAGACCCUUGCAGCGUGAGUCGGAGGACUCUUCCUGCUGGCGUGGUCAAGCAAUGUUGACGGUCGCGUGCGUGUUUGCUGGAGUUUUAUCUGGUAUGGACAGAUUGAUUUAUGCCAUCAUGGGCG